GGCUCAUCCACAACGUCUUGCAGAGAAAGAUGUCGCACCUUUCUCUUUCAGCUGAGCUCCCCAGUGGAAGCCAAGACCUGGCUGAGCUGCCUGAGGCCUCUGAUUUCUCAUUGGGUCGGGAUGAUGAUGCCAGCUCCUUGGGCUCUGACUCUGAGUUGAAUGGGAUGGCUCCAUAUCGCCAGAUUGAUCGCUAUGGCUUUAUCGGGGGCAGUGGCCUUAAGGACAGUUUAGGUCAACUUCCAGUUGAGCUCAUCCGGCACCGGGAGACAAAGUGGUUGGAGAUGACAGCUCAUUGGGAGAAAACCAUGGCCCGACGCUACAGAAAGGUAAAAUUGCUUUGCCGGAAGGGGAUCCCUUCAUCCGUACGUGCCCGUUGUUGGCCUCUGCUGUGUGGAGGACAGGAAAAAACUAAGAAGAACCCCCAAAAGUAUCAGGAAUUGCUGGAGGCACCUGGUGAUCCUCAAUGGGUAGAGACCAUUACAAAAGACAUUCAUCGCCAGUUCCCUUUCCAUGAGAUGUUCCUGUCGCCUGAAGGGCCUGGGCAGCAGGGGCUACUGCAGGUGCUGAAGGCUUACACUGUCUAUCGUCCCCAGGAGGGCUACUGUCAGGCCCAGGGACCGCUGGCUGCCCUGCUCCUCAUGCAUAUGCCUCCAGAGCCAGCCUUCUGGUGCCUGGUGCAGAUCUGUGAGCACUACCUGCCUGGCUACUACAGCCCUAAGAUGGAGGCACUGCUAUUGGACAGUGAAGUGUUUGUUGCCCUCCUGCAUCGUGUGUGCCCCCGGGCAUAUAAACACUUGCAAAAGCAUGGAGUGGGGCCUUUGCUCUAUGUGCCUGAGUGGUUCCUUUGCCUCUUCACCCGCACUCUUCCCUUUCCCAUAGUACUGAGGGUCUGGGAUGUCUUUCUUAGUGAAGGAGUCAAGGUGCUCUUUCGUGUAGGGCUGUUGUUGGUCCGUUUGGCCCUGGGGACCUCUGAGAAACGGCAUGGUUGUUCUGGACUAGUAGAGACCCUGGAGAAACUACGCAGUAUCCCAGCUCUUCUCUUGCAAGAAGACUCAUUCAUGGCAGAGGUCCAUGAUGUGCCCAUUUCAGACCGUGACCUGGAACGUGAGUAUCGCAUCCAGCUGGCCAAACUGCGCACCACAAGGCCUGAAUUCCAGUAUGACCCAGAAAAUCGACUAUCUGGUGCAAAGGCUGUCUUUGAUGCUCAACAGCUGGAGGAUGUACAGAUAGGCAAGGAGGCUCAUGGAACCCACACUCAAGCCUUCCUCAUCCCCCAGAUCAAGGUAGAACCACCACCUUCACCCCCCAAGGAGCAGAGGCAGCCAGAGAAGGCUUCUGAUGAAGUACAAGGUCGAAAAAAACUGCAGGCCAGGAAGAAACCAGACACUCGGGGAAAGACCUUCCAUUUUACCCAGAAGCCUACUGGCCGGACAAGAGAGGACAGGCCAGAGCCAGGAACUGCAAAGAGAAAGUCUUCCUUCUACCUGGAUACAUGGUUCUGAGAAGUGCAGAGCCUGGACUCUGUAAGAGGCAUUCCAUUUUGUUGCUGUUUUGCCAACUACAGCUCAUUGAGUCUGGCACUGCCUUGCAGUCAGUUUUAGGAAAUAACGUGCUGGGGCUCAGUUCUGUACAGUUUGGAGACAUUCCAUUCAUCUCUGCCAUAUGUGAAGUUGGAACUCUCUGUAAAUACUUGGUGUGAGGGAAAUGUACUCUGUUUCUGCUCAGGGGCACUUUCACCUAUUUGUAUGUUGCAGGCUUUAGUCUUGACAUUGAAAAAUAAGUGCCAGGGCUAGAUUUUGAGAAGUUCCAGCGGUCAAACAGAAGCUGAGGGGUCAUGAUUUGCCUACUACCUGUCCUUAUGCCACACCCUAUGGAACCUGUACCUUGAUCUCUCUGCCGAGUCUCUCUGUGGCUGCGUGCUUGAGUGGGGAGGGUUGUGUGGUCUUCAGCUCUGCACUGCUCUGUUUACUCUCUCCAGAUCCUCCUUUUAUGACCAUAGGCUGGUUCUCUCCUUAGCUUAAUGCCUGCCCAUUCCUCUCCCUCCACAUACUUGGUUUGGCCAAAUACUCUCUUCGUCCAUCAGUUUCUCUUGCCUCAGAGUCAGAGUCUACUGUAGGGGCUAGAAUGCCCUGUCUCCCUCUGAAGAUGUUGGUGUGCUGGUAAACAAAAUGAGGUGGGGUGGCGCUGAGGGUUGUACUUGACCAGACAGGACUGGAGCAAGCCAAGCCCUAUCAGCACUGCCAUAUCUCAGGGUUUCACCUUGGAAUUGGCUGGUGGCUGUGGAGGGAUGGGGGGUGGGGACAGAGAUGGGCAUAAGCCUUAUCCUGCACUGCUGUCCCCAGAGGUGCUGACAGUGCUUCAGUUGCUGGGGCAGAGAUCUGGCCCUGGUGGUCAAACAAAAUGGUCUGAUAUGCCACUGGCUGUUGGCAUAUAUGCCAGAAGUUGUCUUCUACAAAUCCUGACUGAGGGAGCUUUUCAACCUUCUGGGAAGUGCCUCACUAACUGCUUAAAAACGUCCUUUCUCUCUGGGACACUGUCAGAAGAACCUGUUUUCCAAUGGCAGCAGUGCAUGUUCUUGAAAAUCCCAGCAAGGGGCACGGGCAGGCAAUGUUUGUGAGGAGUCAGUCCUCAUCAGGAACCAAAUAGCUGCCUCAGGAGGACUUGACUGACACUGGUGGGACCAUUGAUAGUGCAGGUGGGGGGAAAUUCCUCCAUGCCAUUUUUGUGAUCUCAGAUCUCUUCCCGCACCCCAAGUUUAUAUUUGCUGUGUUGUAGAAAGAUGGGACAAAUAUCAGCUCUGGGAGGAGGGGCACUUGAGGUUGGAAAAAUGGCAUGGAGGGAAAGAGUUUACAUCCCCCCCCCCAGACCACAUUGUGGCCUCCUGAGCUAUUUAUAAAGAAAAAAUAUACUGAAGACCCAAUCAAAGAUUUUUCAUCCCCUCUUUGGUCAUCAGAGUAAACAUAUGUUCUAGUAAUUUCUGUUGAUUUAUUUUGAAGUUGCACUGCACCCCGAUGGUUCUCUUA